CCCGGGCCCCGGCUCCGGCGCCGUCCCUCCUCCAGGGCCGGGCGCCGCGGCCCCGGCAUGAGGAGCGGGCGAUGAUCCCUGCCAACGCCUCCGCCAGGAAGGGCCCAGAGGGGAAGUACCCACUGCACUACCUCGUGUGGCACAACCGCCACCGCGAGCUGGAGAAGGAGAUCCGCGUCGGCCAGGUGGACAUCGAACAGCUGGAUCCCCGUGGCCGGACUCCCUUGCACCUGGCGACCACACUGGGGCACCUGGAGUGUGCCCGUGUGCUCUUGGCACAUGGUGCUGACGUGGGCAGGGAGAAUCGCAGUGGCUGGACAGUACUUCAGGAGGCUGUGAGUACCCGGGACCUGGAGCUGGUGCAGCUGGUGCUGAGGUACCGGGACUACCAGCGGGUGGUGAAGCGGCUGGCAGGCAUCCCUGUGCUCCUGGAGAAGCUGCGAAAGGCCCAGGACUUCUAUGUGGAGAUGAAAUGGGAAUUCACUAGCUGGGUGCCCCUGGUGUCCAAGAUCUGCCCUAGUGACACCUACAAAGUGUGGAAGAGCGGGCAGAACUUGAGGGUAGACACUACGCUCCUGGGCUUUGACCAUAUGACAUGGCAGCGAGGGAACCGCAGCUUCAUCUUCAGGGGCCAAGACACGAGUGCUGUGGUCAUGGAGAUUGACCACGACCGCCGGGUGGUGUAUACAGAGACUCUGGCGUUGGCUGGGCAGGACCGGGAGCUACUGUUGGCUGCUGCCCAGCCCACCGAGGAGCAGGUGCUGAGCCGGCUCACCGCACCUGUCGUUACCACACAGCUUGACACCAAGAACAUCUCCUUUGAGAGGAAUAAGACUGGCAUUCUGGGCUGGCGCAGUGAGAAGACAGAGAUGGUGAAUGGGUAUGAAGCAAAGGUAUAUGGGGCAUCCAAUGUGGAGCUCAUCACCCGGACCCGGACAGAGCAUCUUUCAGAACAGCACAAGGGCAAGGUCAAAGGCUGUAAGACACCUCUUCAGUCCUUCCUGGGAAUUGCUGAGCAGCAUGGGGGCCCCCAAAAUGGGACCCUGAUCACUCAGACCCUGAGCCAAGCCAACCCCACUGCCAUCACUGCAGAAGAAUACUUCAACCCCAACUUUGAGCUUGGCAACCGGGACAUGGGCCGCCCCAUGGAACUGACCACCAAGACACAGAAGUUCAAGGCCAAGCUGUGGCUGUGUGAGGAGCAUCCCCUGUCCCUGUGUGAGCAGGUGGCCCCCAUCAUUGACCUCAUGGCAGUCAGCAACGCGCUCUUUGCCAAGCUCCGGGACUUCAUCACCCUGCGCCUGCCUCCAGGCUUCCCCGUCAAGAUUGAAAUUCCGAUCUUCCACAUCCUCAAUGCGCGCAUCACCUUCGGGAACCUCAAUGGCUGCGACGAGCCGGUGCCAUCCGUGCGAGGUAGCCCCAGUAGUGAGACUCCUUCCCCAGGCAGCGACUCCUCCAGCGUCAGCAGCUCCAGUUCUACAACCUCGUGCCGCGGCUGCGAGAUCUCCCCGACCUUGUUCGAGGCCCCACGAGGCUACAGCGUGCUGGGCGGCCAGCGGGAGGCGGCGACUCGCGAGGAAGAUGACGACCUGCUACAGUUCGCCAUCCAGCAGAGCCUGCUUGAGGCAGGCAGUGAGUAUGACCAGGUCACCAUCUGGGAGGCGCUAACCAACAGCAAACCAGGCACUCACCCCAUGUCUUGCGAGGGUCGCCGACAGGACAGGAGCGCCCCGCCUACGCCGCAGCGCCAGAACGCGCCCCCCGCGCGGGUGCCCAGCCCUCGGCCCAGUCCCGGCCCUGGCUCUGGCGGCCACGUGUUCCGGAGCUACAACGAGCAGCUGCGGCUGGCCAUGGAGCUGUCGGCUCAGGAGCAAGAGGAGCGGCGCCGGCGCGCGCGCCAGGAGGAGGAGGAACUGGAGCGCAUCCUGAGACUCUCGCUGACCGAGCAGUAGCGCCCCUGACGGGCCCUCACCCACUCCAUCCCUGCCGGAACCUGGGACCCCAGCGAGACAAACUGGACCUCUCGCCUGCAGAGCUGCUGCGGCUGGAGUCUGGAGUCGCUGCCUGGGGCGUGCAGCAGUACACCAGGCACGAGGUGGAGAGGGGCUCGACAUGGGGCCCAGAGUAACUUUCCAGGACAGAGCCCUGGAGGUGACUGACACGGCCUGGUACCCCUGCUUUGCUGUAUCCUGACUCCUAAUCUGCUCCUCUGGGCUCCCAUAGGUCCAAGGGCGAGCUAGAUGGUUCUGAAGGGAAGAGGAAUCCUCAGAGGAGCAUUGUCCCCAUCCUUGCUCCUUCUGGCCAGUCUUCCUUUCUGCUCAUUGACCCCACUCCAGGACACUACCCUUGAAGCCUUUGCAUCUCUGCUCUUCACCCCUGGGGGGCAGCUGAGUUCCCCACGUGCUGUGUUGCUGCUUUGUCCCAGACACAAACCAGCACGUCAAGGGCCCAGCCCCUCCCCACCCCGGCAUUUCAGCAUCGUCAAGUGCACUUAGCGGGGUGCCUGGCUCCCCCAGCCCUCACACCCAUCCUGGGUCUCAGGUUGGUCCGAGCUUCUCCUUGGGCAGCCAGAAGUUGAAAUACCCACCCCUAAGGCACAGUUUUGUGAUCAGGGAGUGGAUCCAAGGUGGCCCCUUGGCCCCCCCGGAAAGGCCUGACUCCCUCCUGGUGCCUUGGAGAAUGGGGGGCAUAUUCGGCUAUGAGGGGGGCGUGGCGCCAAGCACUAGACCCGACACAAAACCGGAUACAAAGGAUCACUUAGGGCCCUGGCACUACCACCCACCCCUUCCUACCAGCUGCUGCUAGCCCUCUGUGGUUGUGCAUCCCUCUUGGCCCCACUCAGGGGCUAAAACCCUUCAUCCAAUGGUGCUAACCCCCGGCUCUCCCCUACCCUGCCUCACCCACCCAGAGAAGCACAGGCCCCUCCAAGGGCAGGGGCCCCAGCCCACUGCACAUCCUUGUCCCGGGCCUCUCAGAAUGGCCUUCAUGGCUUAGACAGUGAGGCUCAGAAGGGACACAAAAAGGGGACAGAAGAAAAGAGCAACAAAGGGAAACUGCUCCUCCCACUUCCUUCCCUGAUGCCAGGGGCACCAGACUGAUUCUGAGGCACAAAUAAAGAGGCUUCAAACUGGA